AUGGGCAGCCCUGUAAGCCCUAUCGUCGCUAAUCUUUGCAUGGAGGUAGUUGAAGAAUUAGCCAUUAAUACCUCUACAGUUGCACCAAGGGUUUGGAAACGAUAUAUUGACGACAGCUUUGUUAUCAUCAAGAAAGAUGCUGUCUCCUCCUUCGAUGACGCCUUAAACUCCAUUGAUCCCAAAAUCGCUUUUACUAUCGAAGAAGAAAACAAUGGUCAAAUCUCUUUCCUGGACACGCUUGUUUCCAGGAAAAAUGGUGUUACUAGCAUUGAUGUUUACAGGAAGCCGACACACACAGAUAGAUAUCUAGAUUUUUCUUCACAUCAUGAAUUAAAACAUAAAGUCUGUGCGGCCUCGACCCUUCUAUUCCGUGCAGCCAACCUUCCGAGCACCAUUGAAGGUAAAAGACGCGAGACUGGCCACGUUACCGAAGCCCUAAAAGCUAAUGGCUACCCAUCAGUAGUUAUUUCCAACAUUUUAAAAAAGAAGUCAGCUCCGACAACUCCUCCACCAGAAGAGUUAGUGUCCAUGUUCUUCAAAUGG